GAGGAGGACCACAUCAGUCUGCAGGUCAUCAUCACCUCCUCUUCCUCACUAACACUGCGCCUCUCUCCGCUUCUCCUUGCCUGGCGCGGCUCGGAACGCUUUCACCUGGACCAGGACCCACACAGAGCGACACAGACCGGACAAAGAGGGCCAGGACCGGGACCUGCAGGAUCCGGCUGCGGGCUCCCGUCAUGCUGGGCACCGUGAAAAUGGAAGGACACGAAGCUCCGGACUGGAGCGGAUACUACGGCGAGGAGUAUCUGGUCUCUCAGCAGAUGUAUUCUCCAAUGGCUGGCAGUGGGAUGGGUUCUGGUCUCAGCUCCAUGUCAGGAUACAUGUCCAGCAGUGGGACCACGUCAGGCUCCUUCAACAUGUCCUACAGUGGUACUGGUCUGAGCCCCGCCCCGGUGGGUGGGAUGGGUAGCUCAGCUCCCACGGCAAUGUCAGGUCUUGGUGGGGGUGUGGCCUCAAUGGGUGGUGCUCUGAGCCCAUCUACUAUGAGCUCAGUGUCAGCCCAGCAGGCCUCGAUGGGUCUGAACCCAUAUGGGGGGAUGAGUCCUACCAUGAGUCCCAGCAUGGCAUACGGUGGUGGUGGACUGAACCGCAGUCGCGACAACAAGGCAUUCCGACGGAGCUACCCACAUGCCAAACCCCCCUACUCCUACAUCUCACUUAUCACCAUGGCAAUUCAGCAGGCACCCAGCAAGAUGCUGACAUUGAGUGAGAUCUACCAGUGGAUCAUGGACCUGUUCCCAUACUACAGGCAGAACCAACAGCGCUGGCAGAACUCCAUCCGGCACUCACUAUCCUUCAACGACUGCUUCGUCAAGGUGUCACGCUCUCCAGAUAAACCAGGGAAGGGAUCAUACUGGACCCUGCACCCAGACUCUGGGAACAUGUUCGAAAAUGGCUGCUACCUGCGCCGCCAGAAAAGAUUCAAGUGUGAGAAGAAGAUGUCCCCAAAAUCCGAUGGCAGGAAGGAACAGGGGGGAGGAGGGGGAGGAGCGUCUCCUUCUGGGGACUCCAUUAAACCUCCAGGACACCUUGACUCCUCUUCCCUGCCCUCCUCCAGUCAGGCAACCUCACCGCCUGGUCUGGACCUGCGGGGAGGUGGGGGCGGGGCACCAGACCUGAAGGUGUCCAGUUCUCAGCUCCUGUCCUCCCUGUCAUUACCCCCUCAUUCCAUGGCACAUGAAUCCCAGCUGCACCUUAAAGGAGAUCCCCACUACUCCUUUAACCACCCGUUUUCCAUCAAUAAUUUAAUGUCGUCUUCUGAGCAGCAGCACAAACUGGACCUGAAGGCCUAUGAGGCACUGCAGUACUCCUCCUACAGUGCUGGAGGGGCUUCAGGCCUCGGAGGGAGGACCAUGGAGUCAUUGGAGGCCUCCUACUACCAGGGGGUGUACCCCAGACCACUCCUCAACACUUCAUAGUAGCACUUCCUAUUUGGACUCUUGCUCUCUGCAUGCAGCCACCCUGGACUUCCGGUCUGAUUGUGAUGAUGCCGACGGGGAUCAACUACUGGUUUAUGCAGCAGCUGAAAUGAACUCCAGCACUGUAAUGAAACCAGGACACAAAGAGACACUCGGCUGUCUAAACUGAUCCCAGGUCUGUGUUCUCCUUUCACACACAGAGACACAAACCACUGAAGUUUUAAGUCUUUUUGAGCUUAAAAGAUUUAUAAAAAUAUCCACAAAGAUUUUGGGUUGUAUGUUACAGAAAACACUUUAGGAUCAAGGCCAGGGCCGUCAGUCAGACCAGAGUCCAGCAGCCAUGUCCGCACUGAAUGAUUCUGCGCUGCAGGAUUUAGAUUCCUUUGCGUUGCUGGUUCACAUUAUGCAUCAGUUAAUAACCAACAAAGUGAUGGAAGAGAAAUUGAAUAUUUCAGAUUGUGUUGAUUUGUCUGCUGUGUAAAUUAUCCUCAAAUGUAAACAUCUGGAGGACAAACCGAAUCAUCCAAUCAGGACAUCCCCCUGAGACAACCAGCUGCUUUUAGAUCCUCCAUUAGACCGCCUUUCGGGGAGCUGCUGGUUCAGAGAUGAGACUGAAACGUUGCAGGUUCUCUGCCAUAGUUUUUUGAUUUCAGCCAUCUGAAAUUCGUGUUUUGUUUUUGUCAUUUAGUUUGACGUAUUAAGGCCUCUCAAAGUCAUUCACAGACCUGCAGAGAUCAGGUGAGCCCGACCGUGAGGACAGAGCGGCGACGGGGCGCAAAAUGUUUUAAUGACGUCUGACUUUGCUGUUUCGUUUAUUUUGUCUCCUGUCACCCACAAACAAACUCCAACUCCCAUCAUGCACUGCACACUUCAGGUACAUUAAACUGUUUCGUGUUUGUUCAGGUCAGGGUGAGGAUCUGUGAGCAAGCUCACUUUAAGGACUCUGAGUUCACGAAGAAACACAAUUUAAUUGAACUUUUGUUGACUCAGUCAUCCUCACAUUUUAUGCUUUAGAAUUUAGAGGCACGAAGAAGAAAAACUGUGACAUAUGACAUAUGACAAAAGCCAAUGCGUUGAUCAUCAGAGUCCCGGGCUCCUCAGAGGGCGCAGAGCCACAGGUUGGGAACCGCUGACUGUUUUCUGUUUGAAGACUUAAAGGUCGAAGGUCACCUGAUGACGCUGAUGUGGUCAUCGUGGCGACAGAUUGGUGAUUAUAAUUCCUGUAUUCUAAUCAGAAAUAUGAGCAGGGUUCAUUUCUCCCACGACCUCGUCUGGCUCCCUACUGACCUCCUGAGGGGUCGCGACCCUCAUGCUGGGAAACGCCCACACACAUCAAAAGGCUUUUCAUUUAAAGGGUCACUUCACACAAAUCAUUCACACACAGACUCCAUGCAGAUCAGUUAUCCACCGUUUGGUCCUUUUCUGCUCAACGUUGCCAAUCUAUUGAUCUGAUCUCUUUACUGAUUAUUGAUUCUCAGGAAACAUUUUUAAUAUCAGUGCUAAAAGGUUUACAUUUCUUUGAGAGAAAUUAAAUCAAAUUUGCAUUAAAGUCCAGAAAAAUCAACAGCUGAAAGACAGAAAUAAACUAGAUCAAUCAAGAUGACGUUUCCUCCUCAUGUUUCGUGAGGCGGAAACGUCAGAACAAACUUCAU